AUGUCUACUGUUCUGGACCCCAGCAACCCAAGUGUUAGCAAGCACGACAUGGCUCAGUGGCUUUACAAACAUGACAAGACAACUACCCUUCACUCCAAACUAAAUCGAGCACAGCUUGCCUCCAGAGUGCGGAAGGCGCAGCCGCAUCUCUUUCCAAACCCUGAUAGCGACGAUCCAGCCCUGGACUCCAAUGAUUUGCAGGGCCAACAACAGGAAUCAAGUGAUCAAUCAAAUGUGCUUGGGAGAAUGGAGGUUCAUAACCGUAUGCCUUCACCUUCCACGAGUGGUCGGAGUCCACAAGACUUGACAUCAAUCGCUACAAGUACUCCUCCUCCUCGUAAAGGAAAACGUGUUUCUUUCGAUCCGCCAUUCUCCACAUGUUACCUCGUACCUGAAGUCACAUUGAAUCCUGCGGAUACGGGGCCUGCUCGAAAAGCAAAGCAAGUGUCUUCUGAUGAUCACGGUGGGUCUACCAUGAUGACAAAAAAAAAGAAGAAGUCAAUCCAACAGCAAAUUCCAGACCGCCCGACCAGUACCAGUCUACCAAAGUCUACAGGUAGAGGCGUUUCAAAAUCAACUCCAGAAGUGGAAUCUACCUCUCUGCUAGAGAUAAAGGAUCGGCUCGAACAUAUCAAAGAGUUAAGUGCGCUUCAGGAGCCUCUGGUUCUUCCUGCUUUGAACACAUUAAGUAAUUGUGUAGAAGAUAAGACCAUGGAUUUGGCAGAACAAUUAAUUCCUCUUGGGUCAGAAGAGGGCAAACCAGCUACUCCAAGUACUCAUCACUAUGAAAUGGACUUGAUGGAAUUUCCCGAGUUAGAUAUAUUCGAAAGUGAAAAUCCCGGUACGUCUAACAAUAUUUCUUCUUGUUUGCUCCCAUGGGCGAUGCCUAAUCAUGCUGGAUCAUCCACACUUUUAGUAUUGGGAAGGAACAUCGAUCCAAUUCCUUUCAAACCCUCAAUUAAGCCGACUUCAGAGCUACCAGUACUUUCGGGAACAGACUACUUUCAAAUCCAAAGAAGUAAAGAAGAACAAGGUAAUUCUCAUACUAAUUCCAACUUAUCCUAA